CGAUGGAAAUGUACCAGACAUUGUCUGCCGCAUGGCAAUAAACAUACCUUUCAAAUCAUAUUUUCAGUUAUUAAAAUGUAAAGUUUCAAAAUAACAUUUAAGUCAAUAUAACAAUUUACCUCUGCAUUUUUUUCUCUUUUUUUUUUUAAUUCUUAUUUACAACUCAACAAUCAGACUUGUCACCAUGUAUGUCAACCUGCACAUGCACCGACUAUUCAUCAAAAUAUUUGUCUUCUGCAGCCCUAGCGCAUGUGAGUGAGGCAUACGAACAUGACAUUUUGGGGAGAUCAAUUACUGAAAGUGUAGAACAGAACUGGAGGUUGUUAAGAGACACAUUCCUGAAACUUUUUUUUAUUUUUAUUUACAGCCUUUUAUGUUGCUGGACUUAGAAGCCCAGGACAUGAAACAGCAGUUAUUUCCUACCAUGGUUACAUCACACUAUUUUCAAAGGAUCAAAGCAGCCAUAUGAUUCAAAAGUGAAGGCCCAAUGACCAUGCUGGAUGUUUCAGUACCAGCCCCACGACUGUUGCUGUAUGACCGCGCUGUUUUAGUUAUGCAGUGCCACUAGCUAGUCUGAUGUUAAGAUUACAUUUUCUGGUCUCUGACGUUUGUCCCACCAGGGUUUUUCAUUUCAACAUUCUCCAUCGUAGCAUAAUCUGCUGUUUCUUCAACACUGAUUUUUACUGAAUCAAAGUGGUGUCACAUUGGUCAUGUGACUGCCAAGCCUGAUUUUAGUGGGUCAUGUCUUGUAGUCUGUGGCUGUGUUCCUCUGUUUAGAACGGUCUUCUUCCAUGGACUCCAGUGUCCCUGGCUCCAAUAGCGUGGAAAACACUGAAAACGCAUCACUUCCUCAGCCCACUUCUAAGCCCGAGGUCUCUCCUGCCACUGGGUAGUUAGUGUCGUCAUGACGACUGGGGGGUGCUGCCAUCUCCCUGGCUCGCUGUGCGACUGUACCAGCAGUCCAGACGUUUGGAAGGCCGUGGAGGAAGGUGGCAGCGCGGGGUUGCAGGCGCUCUACGUCACUCAGGUCACAGCCUUAGACGGAUGUCUGUUGUCCUCGGUGCUCAAACCCAUGACUGCACAGAGUGAUGGGCCCAUCUGUCGUAUUUGCCAUGAAGGUGCCAGCGUAGAGGACCUCCUGUCUCCCUGUGACUGCACUGGCACCCUGGGCACCGUGCACAAGAGUUGCUUAGAGAAGUGGCUGUCAUCCUCCAACACCAGCUUCUGCGAGCUCUGCCACAGGGAGUUCAUCAUCGAGCGACGGCCGAGACCCCUGACUGAGUGGCUGCGUGAUCCUGGACCCCGCAACGAAAAGAGGACCCUCUUCUGUGAUAUGGUGUGUUUUCUGUUCAUCACUCCACUUGCAGCCAUCUCAGGCUGGCUCUGCCUAAAGGGGGCGCAGGACCAUCUCCAGCUGGGGAGCUGGCUGCAAGCAGUGGGCCUCAUUGGUCUCACCAUCGCCCUCUUUACCAUCUACGUCCUCUGGACUCUGGUCUCCUUCCGCUACCACUGCCAGCUGUACACUGAGUGGAGACGGACCAACCAGAGAGUCCAGCUGCUCAUUCCAGAGGACAAGGAGUCAAGCUCCGUCCAGAAUUCCUUGCUGUUCACCAAACAGACCAAGAAAUUGGCCAGUGAGAGUGUCGUAUGAGCUCAGACGGAAGGACCAGUGACUCAUGUCCAAUCACCUGUGGAGGCCUACUCUGAGACAUGUCUUAAAGGCAGCAGCACUUGACCCCAACAGGAUUCGUAUGUUGAGUUUUGAGCUUGGGCUCUGAAACGCUGGUCAGUGACGGAUCAUGAAAAGGUCAGCAGGAUGACACUCUGACCACCAGAGACAACCUUAGUUUGUUUGCCCACCGCCUGUCUGAGGUGGGGGAGUUGAACCGACGACCGAAGCAUUUCUCUUGUCCCGUCCUGACUGUGAAAUUACCUCGAUGAGGAUCAAGUGUCUACACCACGCAGGAUCCUGGUGUGCUGCCGUGUGGCUCUUCACUUGUAAACUGCUCCACAGAGACAGAAAACUCAUCACCAGCAGCCAUUCACGCAGUCAGGGAAGCCACUGUUGGGUGAAGCCACUUACCCUGCGUCUGUGUUGUGUUAAGUCAGAGUCGAGAAACGGCACGUCAGAGUUAAGUGCCUUUGUUUUAGGCUGAUCCUUGAAGAAGGCGGCAUGUGAGUCAUUUUCACUUUAUCUAAUGACGCGUAGUGCAACGCGGUUGCAAACCUCUUCCUGGGACUGAGUCUUAAGUCGAGUCUGUGCUCUGUAAAUCUAUCCCUCAACAUCCUUGGAUCAUAGGAGUGAGCGAGACAUCAUCAUUCUUGGGAGCAGACAGACCAUCUAACUACUCUAUGCUGGUCCAAAACAUAUCGACUUCUUAAGUUUGGACCCACUGUCUGUCCACUGAGCUACUAUCAUCUAAAUUUAACAUGAAGUUGGUGGUUUUUACAGCCAUUCCAUUGUUUAAAAACAUGAUGUGUCGCCACAUUGAUUUAAUUUUAGGGAAAAGAAAACAUGUUUUUAUUGAUAAAUAUGUUGUGUGACACCAACAGUAGUGGACCGAUAGUGGAUAUUGAAAUCUUUCAUGUGGUAAUAGUAUUGCUAAAAAGAACAGUCAGGCCUUCCAAGAAUUAAUGGAACAGCAGAAUGUGACAUUUGGAGGUGCUUUUCACCCUCUUUCGUCUUCUUACGCGUCAACUCCCAAUCUGCUUGUUUUCGUCGUCAAAAUGUAUCUCAGCGCUUAUCUAACCACUAAAUAUAUUUUUAUGUUAUCUAAACAUUUGGUAUUUACAUGGCGAAUGCCAACUUGUUUCUUGGUUCUUCAGACGAGCACUUAAAUCUGAACUACUCCCUUUCAGACGGACCUCAAUGAUUCGGCACGUGAAAUUUUACUGCGAAGAAAAUGUUUCUUGUUCAAGUCAAGCGUGGAUUUGUUAGUUGGGAGUCGAUCGGUGAGAUGUGCAGGGGCCAAAAUCUGCAAGAGAGAUGCACAAGUUUGAAUCACAAAGUUGUAUUUCAUUUCAUCUUGUGUGUGUGUGUGUGUGUGUGCGCAUGUUUGUCUCCUGAGAUGAUUCGUCUUGACGGAACAUUUUUGACUGAAGCUGGCGCCGUCACGUGACAUAAAAUGUUGUUCAUCCUUGUGUUUGUUUGUGGCAUUAACAUCUGCUGCUCACCAACAUGUGUUUUUGUGCUGCCGGUAAUCACUUGUUAGUGUUUUUAACUGAUGGGAAGACGGAUUAUCGCCUGAUCUGAUCUGCAGGCGAAUCAUUGGCUCCUCCCUGUGUUUGUCAGGAUGGAAGCUUUAACUCCUCAAGUAUAUUUGCUUCUUUGGAAGCUGUGACCUCUGAAAUAAAUGUCUGGCUUGUGAAGCCACUGAGCUCCAAAGAAAAUAAUCAAAACGCCGCUCAGACUGUUGGAAACCUUAAAGGGACUUUAAUCAUCGCUCUGUUUGAAAUCGCUCUGUUACACGUUUUAUUUCCUCAGCAGUGACUCAAAUACAAUCAUACAGUUGUUUUAUUUGCACAGCAAAUAAAAGAAUUCGAUCAUUCUGGUGUCUGUGAUCAUUUGGGUCACAUGCUUAUGAAUGGAAUUCUCCCACAGUAUAGAUCCAGUGGUGUGUUAUAGUGGCGUUGCCAUGAUCCUCUUACGCCGUCAUCACUGUAAGUCUGGACCCAAUAAUCCUGAUGAUAAACAAGAGCUGACACAUUUAGGAGGGUUCAGGGUAUUUACAUAUUUAAAUGCUCCGACUUGACGCCAUUUGAAAACAUAAAUGAUCACAAACAUGUUUCUGAGCCGACUCAUGAGGAUGGCUUCCUCAGAAAAUCACCGUUGAGCAUACAGUGCUUGCUCAAGCAGCGUUCCUAUGCAGUGUUGUGGCUCAAGGGUGUUCAGUUUGGACUGGCGGGCCAAAGUGUGUUGUUCUGGUGCAUGCUGUCACUGUUGCCAGCCCAGUUCCAUUGUCUCUUUAACAGGAAGGAAGUAGUUUACUGCUCUGUCAUUAGUUUUUUUUCUCAAGGAAAAAUCUUUAAAAAUUAAAAAUAAAAAUAGAUGCCAUGCCAUUUUAGGUUUUAAAUAGUUGAAUUAGAUUGAAUAUAUGAAUGUUUAAUGAUGCAUGUAGUUUACAGAGGAGAGAAUUACAAAUAUACAAAAUAUGGCUUUGACUUCAAAGUCCAUUUGUGAGCAAGUCUGGAGCGAUGUGGUGUGAAGAAAUGCCCGGUUCAAACGGCUAUCUCUGCCCACAGAUUUCCUCUCAUGGUCAUAUAUCUCCAUUGCAGGGCUCAACAGGCCCAAAACAAAAAAAUGUUCAGUUGGCAGGGCUACUGUGUAUCUGUCCACAGAGCUGUGGCAUCGUCAUAGUUCGGGCAAUCGUAUGAAUUGUGUCAGGAAAUUACAUUUUGAAUUGUAUAUUGCAAUAUACUGUA